CGAAGUCUUGACAGUGACGUACACAGGAAACGUAAACAUAAUCCAAAAGCAGACAGUUUUGUAGCUUUUAUUUCACCUCUUUAAGCUAAUUUUACCGGUCGAAAUCAUGCAAACGUGGAGUCUCGUAUCGAUGUGUGUGUUGCUAGGCAUUGUUGUGAGAUGGGGCGUUUCGUUAAAUUCCUAUUCAGGGGCGGGGAAACCUCCAAUGUUUGGCGAUUAUGAAGCUCAAAGGCACUGGCAAGAAGUAACCUACAACCUCCCUCUCCAGGAAUGGUACUUUAACACCAGUGACAAUGACUUGAACUACUGGGGUCUUGACUACCCGCCUCUCACUGCUUACCACAGCCUGGUCUGUGCCUAUGUGGCCAAAACAAUAAACCCUGAAUGGGUGGAUCUCCACAAAUCUAGAGGUUAUGAGAGUCCAGCGCACAAGUUAUUCAUGAGAGCUACAGUCCUGGUGGCAGAUUUGUUGAUAUACAUCCCUGCUGUGGUUUUAUACUGUUUAUACCUCACUGAUGGAUCCACAAAAAAAAAGGUUUGCACUGUGUUCUGCUUCCUUCUAUACCCAGGCCUAAUUCUCAUUGACUAUGGUCAUUUCCAGUACAAUGGAGUGAGUCUGGGCUUUGCCCUGUGGGGGAUUCUGGCUCUGGGUCUGGGCUGGGAUGCGUUGGGCUCACUGGCCUUUUGCCUGGCUCUCAACUACAAACAGAUGGAGCUGUACCAUGCUCUGCCUUUCUUCUGCUACCUGCUGGGAAAGAGUGUCAAACUGGGCUUGAUGGGGCGAGGACUUUUCCUGUUGGCAAGAAUUGCUGCAACAGUGUUGGUGACUUUUGCCCUCUGCUGGCUGCCCUUCCUGUCUGACCCCGGUAACACCAUGCAGGUGGUCAGGAGGAUCUUUCCCGUGGCUCGCGGCCUGUUUGAGGAUAAGGUGGCUAACACAUGGUGCAGCUUGAACAUCCUGAUAAAGAUCAGAUCCAUUCUGUCCAGUGACUCCCAGAUCUACAUCAGUUGUGCUUGCACUCUCCUGGCAGUCCUACCUUCCUGCAUCCGACUUCUGAUGAAGCCCACCUUCUGGCAGUUUAAACUGGCCUUGGUCAAUUCAUCUCUGGCCUUUUUCCUCUUCUCCUAUCAAGUCCAUGAGAAGUCCAUCCUCUUGGCUGCCUUGCCUGUCUGCCUUCUGCUGAAUGAUCUCCCCUUUAUGGUUAUCUGGUUCCUGCAGGCCUCUACUUUCAGCAUGCUGCCUCUGUUUCUGAAGGACGGUCUGCUGGUGCCCUAUGCUGUGACCUCGCUGGCCUUCCUCUUCUUUAGCAUCUAUCUCCUGUCUGCACUGGAGCGCUGUUCAGAGGAGGAGCUGAGACUGGGAGCCUACCGCAAGCUGUUGUUCUACCUACCCAAACUGGACCUGGCCUGGAUUGUAAGAGUGAAGUUCUACAUCAGCGUCUUAGCCAUGGCUGGUCUGAGUGUCAUGACUGUAGCUCUGGUUCCUCCAACACAUCUGCCCGACCUGUUUCCUGUGUUGGUCUCUUCUACUGCUUUUCUGCACUUCUUAGGAACAUUUAUAUACUUCAACAUUGUCCAGUUCAGCGAGCCACCCAGCAGAAAGAGCCAGAAGAAGAACGACUGAAUGGUGCCAAAGACGUGAUAUGCACAGUACAUUACCU